AUGCUGCCAUUUUCUUUGGGGGAGACGGAGAGUGCAGUCUGUAGGUCUAUUUGGACCUUCUGUGACACAUUAAUUCGCGAUGCUCAGGCGUUGGUGUGUGGCUGCGGAGAGCUCACCAAUAUGGAGGCAGAGGCCAGUGUGAUUAUGCAGAGAACAUUUCCACACGUGUCUACAACAGAGGCAGCAACAACAGCGGAUUCAACAGCAGUGCGGUCAUGGGAGAAAACUGCCAUCCCCACGCCGUCCCUGUAUUUGGGGGCGGUGUCGAAACUGAACGGUUUUAUGCACUCACUAAAAAUGUCCGCGGCAGCUGGAAAUAACGACGAGCGGGUGAUGGCUGGGCGCAUUUUGCUUCUUCUGAGGGUGAUGGCUUUGUACUGCUUUGCUACCGCACGGCCAUCGGCGGGGUCUCCUGGCGAAUUUUCCUCACAAGAGAGUAGUGGUCGCACCACACCGGUGACGCGACCCUUCCGCCGUCACGAUCAGAAUAACCGCCAAAGCACGGAGAAUGAGAAUCCGGGCCAGGAAAUGCAGACAGCGGAAGAAACAUUUCGGGUUGCAGUGGACGCCGUGGUGCGGCUCUCAACUUAUGGCGCGGCGCAACGUGGAAAAGGUGACAAGAAGUUGUUGAAAGGCCCUACAAUUUCUCUGGACCUUUACGCAGAGUUGAAUAUGGCAGCUUUGUACUUGCUGACAGCGGCACUGACGCGUUUUAGCAAUGUACCAUUUAACGCCAUGCGGUAUUUGCCGGCGCUCUUCCCGGAAGUCGAUGCCAGGGAUCCGCAUGUUAUUCAUCCACUUCUUACACCAUUCUUAUGGAGUCCUGAACAACGUGUCCGCGCUGCUGCGGCCGCACUUGUAUCGUCUCUUUUACGUAAUUUGCAGCACAACUUUAAAUACGCAGAAGAACCACAUCAAAAUCGCCAGUCAUUUUCGUCACUGGCGUCACAGAGUGGUCGGACCCUGUCAUUUCUCCACGACGUACUAAUAUAUGCCCUGCAGCUGCCAAAUAAGCUGCCCGCGGUGGGUGACAUGUCUGCUGCUACGGCCACCACUUCUCACUUCUUCAAGGACCUUGUGCUUUCUUCCUUUGGGGUGCUUGUGUCCACCACUCCCUACCGCCGCUGCCCUCAUGCAUUUGAUGUGAUAAAAGAGGCUUUAGAACUGCCUUUGUUACGAGAUAUUCUUUUGGAUGCAUCCUGUGACGAAUUUGCACCGGCAGCGGCGUUUCUUAUCUCUGUAUUUAAGGCGGACUCGCUUACCAAAAUGCUGCAGUCGUACCUUUUUUGUGAGGGCGGAGACGCCAGCCCUAAAAUCAAGGGUCCAAGCAAUCGUCCCGUAGACCGGCAUGUUGGCGGGGGCGCCCUGUUGCUGGAGGCGUUGCUCACGCACGCGGCGAGUCGUGUUGAGGUUUGGCGGUGUGUGGUGCAGCUGUCCCGUAUUCAUCCAUUGAUCGUCGGGGCGCAUUUCACCAUUCUCUUGGAUGCGUCUCUCGCUGUUCUCCGUGCCGCCUCACAAAAAAUAGAGGAAGAAGAGGCGGCUGAGAAUAAAAAGCAACACGAGGGCGCGGAAAUGGCUGUGGGCAAUACAUUGGGAGAAUGUUUACGGGCAUGGCUGCAUUUUAUGGGUUACGUGUGGCAGUCUUUUGACGGUCAUUCUGCCGAUCCGGCACUGCGACAGGAACACUUGCCCCAUCGCGCAACCCCGCAUCAGAAGAAGCAGCUCCUUACAGAACUCGUUUUGCCAGUUCUUCAGAUGACGUCUGAUGGGUUGCGAUACAAUGAGGCUCGGCGAACGGCACUACGGUGUGUGGCGCAGGUCGGUGACGAGUACUUUUCUUCCAUUCCCGCCACCGUGCGUGAAGGGAUUGUUGUACAUGUAAUUAAUAGUACAACUGCACAUGAGAGUAGUGUGCGGUCUGAGUCUUUUACAACGAUAGGGGUGUGGGCGUGGCAGUACAAUACGUUUGGUGAAUGGUUAUCGGACUUUGUUGAACGCUCUGUAAGUGCAUUGUGUGAUGAUGCAGAGCCCUCAGUGCGUUUUAAGGCUGCUUUUGCCCUGUCGAACAUUACCUCUCGUCUUGGAGAAGAGAAUGAUAGUAGCCCACUGCGGCAAUCUCCAUAUCAUAUGCAGCUUCUUUGCGACGUUGCCAUGUACGCAACACAAGUUCGCGAGGACCCCGCAGUUGUCAGCCAUGGUAUCCGUAUGAUGAGUCACCUGUUGCAUAGUCUUAGUUUUGAGGAACUUAUUGGAGAAUUGUCAGAAAAGCGGGAGGGUGUGGCGGAGGGAUACUUUAACGCUCUACUCCGUUUUUUGUUGCCCUCGUACCGUGAUGCCAAGCUACGCUGGAACGCUGCAUGUGCUCUUGGACUUGGUCUUUCGCGGGAGGUAGUCUUUGAGGCGGAGCCACAGGCGGCAACACGGGCAGUGGAACGACUAUGCGUUAUUGUUUGCCACGAUCGCAUAUUUAAAGUGCGCACACAGGCGGCAAUGGCACUUGCAAAGGUUCCCAUGACAUGUCUUGCGGCAGGGCGCUACGCCGUGGAAGAUCUCUCACCCAAAGUAGCUCGUGCACUUUGUGAGUCUUUGCAGGUGUCGGGGAGUUCCUUAGAGAACUUUGCACAAUACAAGGAGCAGGAUGCGCUUCGUGCAGCACUUCGGCAGGCGCUGGGAGUGAUGAUCACCAGUGCCUCCCCAAGUGCCAUGUUACAGCGCGUUUUUGCUGAAUAUCGUGUACUCUUGGAGGCGGAAGGGCUUUUGUAA